CCAUCCAUUCCGCAUUCUUUGUCCAUCGUCUAUUUUCCAAUUUUCUAUUUUCCGAAUCCUGCUUUUCUCUCUUUCUUUUCUUCACAAUAACGCACUCGCAUCUUCCAUCACCUCGGAACUCCAAUACACAAAAAGAAACAAUACUCUAAUACAUAUUCAACAUGCCUUUCGCACCAGGAAACUCUGUCAAUGGAGCCAAGCUCUUCAAGACUCGUUGCGCUCAAUGCCACACUGUCGAGGCUGGCGGCGCUAACAAGGUCGGUCCUAACCUUCACGGUAUUUUUGGUCGCAAGUCUGGCCAGGCUGCCGGCUACUCCUACACUGAGGCCAACUUGAAAAAGGGCGUCACAUGGACUGAGGAGACUAUGUUCGAGUACUUGGAGAACCCCAAGAAAUACAUUCCCGGAACUAAGAUGGCUUUCAACGGCUUCAAGAAGGAGGGCGAGCGUAAUGAUGUCAUUACUUAUCUCAAAGAGAACUGUUAAAUAGUGCUUUUACACCUUUCAAAUGUAGUGUUUUAAUACUUUUGAACUAUACCAUGAACAAAGGUUAUGUUACACAAAAUAAUGCUGUGUACUUUUGGCCCUAAUUUCUGUUCUGGUCAUAGACAAAAUGUACAAAGUUUUUUGCAUUCAGUUUUAUGAGAUCAACGAACGUAUUAAUAUGCAUUGUUCACAGAAACAUCCUGAAAGUGGUUAUUCCAUAUCAAUGGCUCAUUGGGAGCUUGAGUUUAAACCGAGCAAGCUUCUGCUGAU